GACCAACCCAGCCAAGGAAUAUUACAAUCACUCAACCUUUCUUAUCAUGUCAUCCGUGAAGCAAAUCUGAACGAUAUUAUGCUACCAAUGACAGAAGAACUAGAAGAGGAUGAAGAGGACGAAUGCAGUAUGUCUGAUACAGUGGAGAGCAUGAUUUUAGACUAGGCCAAUUGGAUACAAUCCGGACAAUUAGUUUAUCCGUUGUAGAUCCCUCUCUAUCCUCAACCCAACCAGACAUAUGAAGAUUCUCUCUUUUCUCUGUACAUAUUCGUUAUCUUUUACACUUACUAUUCCAAAUUCCCUUCUUUCUUUUUUACGAACCCUCUUCAAUUUCACUAAUAAUUACAAAUAUAUGAUCUUAUUAUUGCUCGGUUAUUUGUGCUUGAUUGGCUUAUUUUACAUCGAAUAUCGGUUCGAAUCAUCGCGACUUACCACAACAUUACAAACGUCCGCCGAUGACAGAGGCACCACCAGAUUACUGAUCCUCAGCUACUUCCUUUCUAUAUUUGUUGCACCUCUAUGGCUCUUACUUUUUUCCACUUCUCUAGCCCCCAACUUUGCUAUGGCUAUCACUAUGCCAACCUUUUUCGGUUGGUUGGGUCUCAGUGUGAUGGUUCUUAGUCUAAUUUUAUUGUAUUGGGCGACGUUCGUCAAUCCAUUCUAUUUACGUGCACUAGCGACGACAGAUGACCAUUUUAUUUGUACAGAUGGUCCCUAUCAGUACAUUAGGCAUCCGGGGUAUCUAGCGUUUAUGCUGGCAUGGAUUGGGUUUGCGUUUGUCACACAGAAUUGGAUCAGUUUUGGUAUGAUUACUGUAUUAAUGACCUGGGUUUAUGUCUUAAGAAUAAGAGCUGAGGAGCAAAUGAUGUUGGAUCGAUUUGGCGUAGAUUAUCAGCAGUAUAUAAAUGAAACGAGAAGAUUAAUACCAGUUAUUUAUUAAAUUAAGAAAAAGUGUAUAUACAAGCCCAUUAUAUCCGUUGGCAACAGCAAAAUUUUCUUGUUUCUU